CAGCAGAUGAAAUGACAUUUUCCUUUUUCAAACAAGAUAUAAAAUAAAUGCUUUAGGCACCCACCACUUUGUAUUGCGUUCUCUUGUGUUGCAGUAUGCAGAAGUAGAGCAAUGAAUUGAUCCUACCGCUUCAAAGAGGAUUAUUAUCUACUGCUUAGCUGUUACCUCAAAUCGGGAUAAGGGUAAGGAGUGGUCUGCCAUCUCCAGCAGCCAUCUGUCUGCUGAGUGGAGCGCUCACACUGCACAUGUACAUGGAUGAGAGGCUGGAGUUGGAUGUUUUGAUAUACCCUGAUGAAAUAAGAAUUGCUACCCCAGAGGACCUCAGAGAUUGGGAACUAGAGACUGCGAGCCAAUUGUCCCUUCCCAUUGUCAGGUUGUUUGUGGCCCUUUACCCAUACAACCCUGCUGCGAUGUCUCCCAACACCGACACAGCUGCAGAGGAGCUGCCCUUUGUACCUGGCCAGAUCAUCAAGGUGUUUGGAGAAAAAGACUCUGAUGGGUUCUACCACGGUGAGUCCGGCGGCCUGUCCGGCUUUGUGCCAAGUAACUUGGUGGCUGAAAUCCCCGUGGAUGACGAUUACCUGAAGCAUCUACUCGUGCAGCAAGGAUUCCUCCCUGUGGAUUACACAGGCAUGUCUUGGACACCCGAUCUGAGUGACGUAGAUAGUAUUGAUGAUGAUGUGGUCAUUCGGAGAAUGGUGGCCUUAUUUGACUAUGAUCCAUGGGAAAAUUCACCAAACAUGGACAGUGAAGCUGAACUUGAGUUCCGUGCAGGAGAUAUUAUAUAUGUUUUAGGUGACAUGGAUCAAGAUGGAUUCUACUAUGUGAGUUAAACAAUUACACACAUUGUUAAAUCCUUCAGCAGUGACUUUUGUGCCUAACUUAUGCUUUCAUGUGAAUUUUAGGGGGACCUUCAUGGAGUGAGAGGCUUGGUGCCAUCCAAUUUCCUGGAGCCGCUUCCGUGGAAUUAGAGAAAAUAGUCACUUUCGGAUCUAUACCAUAUAUGCCCAAACCCAGACUCUGUCAUUUAAAAAAAU